UGUCGGGAAGACUAAGUUUCCGUGGUUCACUCGGGACGGUCAAAUUUCUUCGUUAUGCGAAACGUCAUGGUUUUACUGUGCCUGGUGAUGACGAAUUUCAAACCAUCGUCGUCAGAGGAAUACAAAGGUUUGAUAAACGCGUUGAUCAAUGUGUUUGCACAGAAGCACGUGUCAACGGUAACGGCUUCCACCUGCUGGUCCUCAGAUUCUGUUAACCGGUUGCUGUUGGGACUGUCGUCGGCCAAUAUAUCCGUGGGCUUUCGACCGUCCGCAAUUCCAACGUUCAACACGUGGUACAGAUGCGGUAUCCUGGUCGACGUGUCGUGUACUCAAAUCGCGACCACGCUAUUCCGGCAGGCUUCGGAAAAUCGACUGUUCAGCAGACAAAACGAUUGGAUACUGGUAGAUCCUCGGCGGCGUCGGCGGCGGCAGGAUACGGACUCGACUUGGUCCAGCUCGGCAACAGCACUGGAGACUUUCGAAAACCACUUAGCCGACGCGUACGUGCUGCCGGAAUCCAACGUACUGCUGCUGGUCGAGACGGAUGACGCCGGCGGCACGUGGGAUAUUUGGGAGGGCUUCAAGGUGGGCAAAGCGGAACGGAUCCGCGUGUACAAGCACGGCACGGUGACGAGCGACGGUGUGCUGGAACUGAACAGGAACUCAGUAUCGCCGAGAACGGAUUUACGAGGCAUCACGCUUAAGGCGACCACGGUGAUCACGGAGCCGACCAAAUUCGAUGGAUUCUAUCCGUUUGCAGACGCCGAUCUGGACAUAUUUGCUCACAUGCACAACGAUUUAAAUAUGAUUCUACAAGACCAGCUGAACUUUAAGAUGGAUCUGGAAAUCGUGAACAGCUUUGGCUGGGAUCUGGGAAACGGUUCGUUCGGCGGACUCACGGGUCAGCUGCAAAGGGAAGAAUGCGAUUUCGGUGGGAUCGGCAGCUUCAUUCGAGCCGACCGAAUGAUGGUGAUAGAUUAUACAAUCGGGACGUUUUAUAGAGAGCAAGGUGCUCUGUUCAAACAACCACCGCUAUCCAGCGUCCGGAACAUAUGCGUGUUGCCGUUCAAAACGGAGGUGUGGAUGAUGACGUUUUUCACGUUUCUCGCGUUCACUGGGCUCAUCGUGUUCUUAUCGCGCGUCACGAAGAAGUUCAAAAACACAGACGACGAGACCCUCACCGUACUGGACUCAGUGACAAUCGUCCACGGGGCUAUUUGCCAACAAGGAUGCACAAUGAACCUGAACACAGUGUCCAUACGGGUUUCUAUUUUCGUGCUGUUCUUGACCGCAGUGUUUCUGUUCACUUCGUACUCGGCCAGCAUCGUAGCGCUACUUCAAUCACCCAGCAACUCCAUAAAUACAAUCAAAAACCUCGUAGAAUCUUCGAUGACGUUCAGCGCGCAGAUUACUCCGUAUAGUGAGGUUUACUUCGACGAGACUGAUGAUCCACUAUUACGAAAGCUCUACGAUAAAAAGAUGAAAGUUGAAGGCUCACGAAAGUUUACUGUAGCCUCAGAGGGUAUCGCCAGGAUCCGUACAGAGUUUCACGGAUUUAUGGUUGAAGUCGUGUCCGCUUACAAACUGAUCAGUCGUCUAUGGAGAGAAGAAGAAAAGUGCGGGUUUUCAGAGAUUCCUCUUUUCAAAUUGCCGAUCCUCGCAUUAGCUGUGGUCAAGAAAUCUGGAUAUAAAGACAUUUUCAAACAGAAAAUAAUUCUCCAACAAGAGGUGGGACUGAAGAACCGAAUCAUUCGACAGUGGAUACCACCAAAGCCUGUGUGCGAUUCAUCGAACCGGGCCAAUCAGUUUGUCAGCGUAUCAAUAAAGGAAAUAUACCCCAUGCUUCAGAUAUACGGGUGCGGGUUAUGCAUUUCUAUCAUAAUUUUGGUUUUGGAAAUGGCGUACAGUGCGUACACGAGCCACCAUGGAAAAGUCGACGUUCCACGUAAAAAUAUUGAUGUCUCUUUCGUUUACAAUAAAUGAUAAAUCGAUUACAACAA